AUGGGGACCACACAAGAGGUGGGAGAAAAGACGUUAGACCUUGGGGCUGGGGAGAAUGCUGAAGCAGGGCCAGCAGCACCCCUGAGACUCGGGGAGCUGGAGCUGAAGGAAGAGUGGCAGGAUGAGGGAUUCCCCAGACUUCUUCCUGAAGAAGUUGACCGUUCUGAAGAUCCUGAGGAUCCCAAGAGAGACUCACAGGCAGAUGAGCUGCCCCGUGCAGAGGGUCUGGGGGCCAAUGAAGCAGCAGAAAGGCUGGGCCGGGGUUGUGUGUGGGAUGUAGCUGGAGAAGAUGGUCGUCACUGGAGAGUGUUCCGAACAGGACAGCGGGAACAGCGAGUGGACAUGACGGUCAUUGAGCCCUAUAAGAAAGUCCUCUCUCAUGGAGGUUACCAUGGUGAUGGCCUCAAUGCUGUCAUUGUCUUUGCUUCCUGUUACCUACCCAGCAGCAGCAUCCCCAACUAUACCUAUGUCAUGGAGCACUUGUUCAGGUAUAUGGUGGGAACUCUGGAGCUGCUGGUAGCUGAAAAUUACCUGCUUGUCCACUUGAGCGGAGGCACGACUAGAGCCCAGGUCCCACCUCUGGGCUGGAUGCGCCAGUGUUACCAUGCUCUGGACCGGCGCCUCCGGAAAAACCUGCGUGGCCUGGUCGUUGUCCACACCACAUGGUAUGUGAAGGCAUUCUUGGCACUGCUGCGACCCUUCAUCAGUUCCAAGUUCACACGAAAGAUCCGUUUUCUGAACAGCCUGCGAGAGCUGGCCCAACUCAUCUCCUUGGAUCAGGUUCACAUCCCUGAAGCUGUCAGACAGCUGGACAGGGAUCUCCAUGGCUCAGGAGGCACCUAG